AGGUGGGUUUCGUUUGCCGUUCCACAAGUUGAAGCAUACUUACCCCGUAAGUUGGGUAUAGUAAGUGACUUAUUCAUUAUAAAUGAAAACGUGGGGCGAGAUUAUCGGUUGUAAAAUUGGGAUUUAUUGUUAUCUAUGGAAAACGAAAUACAAAAAUUAAGAUUUCAAGUGUUGACCCUCCCCCCCCCGGAUCGAUACUUGGGCUUUGCGCGCGACCACGUGCUCGAACUUCUAGAUCGACCUGGGCACCAUCUCUUGUUUGGUUCGACCUGCGCUUUGGUGGAGGUGAUUUUUGUGUGCGACGACUUUCGUCCGGCCGGGCCUGUUGUUCGCCCCCAACCGCUUAAAAAUAAACCCAGGAGGGUUCCGGGGCCGCGUCGAGGGUACGUAGUAUAUUUUCUUUUGGCAUCAAAUAAAAUGUCGUGCAGCUGUCGUGCACCACAUAGAUUUUUGUGUGUGAAGAUCUUGAUCUGAGUUGGUCUAGUACGAGAGGUGCUGAAUCUAGCAUUUUUACAAACUCGCACGCUUCCAGACCCAGAUGGGUAUUUGCAAUGCAUACUGACAUCAGGAGCAAAAUGGGUGGCGAAGCGGCGAUGAUUGAAGCGGCGAAGAGUUUCGCACAUACUCUCGCAUUAUCAACUGUAAAAAUGUCUGGGUCUGGAAGGGUUGGAACGUGUGAUGCAAACUUUGGAACACACAAAAAUUUGUGUUGCAUGAGCGCCAAAAGCUGUCCAUUUCUUGGCACGCAAGUAGGAAGUUUCUCAUGCGCGACAGGCAUCAUGAGGCGUGCUCAAAACCUGUGAUGCUUUUGCCUGCAUCAGACGCCAUUUGCGUGAUCCGAACAACGCAUGACAAAUCUCGCAAUCUCCCAGACCCAGACAUUUUUACAUUUGAUACGCAUCCGAGAAGGUAUGCAGUGCAAGAGUAUCGUGCUAGCAUGAAUUACAUUUUUACUUACAUUUUUUCGCAAAUGCAAAAAUCGAAUUCGUCAUGCGCAUUUACCAGACACAGAUGACUGGUGCUUGAUGUCACGCAUAAUUGAUCUAUCUCAAUUUUUAUUAAGUACUACGGGAACUACGGGUACGAUAAUUUUGCAGUGUAUAGGAGGUGCGCGACCGCACGAGAACUUGUUUCAUCCGUCGUGCCCACAAGUGGAUAUUUCGCCGUUGCUUGUCCUCCGGCGUCGUGAAUGAGACAACAACAGAAGUUGUUAGUGACAACCACUGCUAUAGUACAACAAGCGAAGACGAGGAGGAAUUGCAAGACGACAGGAUCAGCAAUAUCAGCAGUAACAGCAGCAUGGCGGUGGAACCGGAAGUAGCAACAUCACCAUCAACUACUUCGCAAGGCGUGGCUCCUGGAGGUGUGCAGAAGGUAGAACAAGUUCCAGAACUCGAAGUACCACUUUCAAGAACUCCACUGUCUUCGUUUCAGCUACAAGACCUAGAAUCUCCAGCUUACCACGUAUGAGAGUGGUGCACAAGCACAACCCCCCCUCCUUCUCAUACAUUUGUGAUGCAAAAAGCCAAACGCAAAGGCAAACCCUUCGCUACUCUCCUAGCAGUGUUUGUAUGACAGGUGCCGGCAGGGCAAACAGAAGUACAAUCCUGUGUGAAUUUGUCAUGCAAAAAGUGCGUUUUUCUCUUGCCGAUGCUCCCACGUCUACUGCUGUUCAUGCAUUGAUUACAAAUAGUAAUAGGGGGAUCGAGGGGGCGGAGUUGUGGACUCUCAUAUUGCAGCUGCGUCCUGCUCAAAGGAGAGGAGAGUCGUAAUAAUACAACCAGUACAAGAACUUCUGACCACCACCAGAAAAGCGCAGUGAUGCCUCUGGUCACUGACCCCCUCUUCGUCUCGCCGUUCACCCCAGUCUUGAUCAUGCCCGAUGAAGAUAAGCAGAUGACAACUCCGAGCAGGAGCAAUAAACCAAUGAACAGAGACAACAGCUACGGCAGCCUCAGCCUCAGCAUCAGCAGCUUGUUGAGCGAAGAAGACGUCAACACGCUAUCCCGGGUAAAAACGUCCCUACCUCCCCAGAGUCAAGAUGGUGAUUUUGCUAGUACACAAAUCGGCAAAUUUUGGCUGAUACGCAUGACAAGUUUAUUGGGCUCGUAAUAUACGUAGUCGCGUUUAGCAAGUAGUUCCGCCGCGUCACAUUAAUCGAUCAUCUCAUGCUAGUUAUUUUGGCUUCAUCGUCGACUUUUCUUCGCCCGCCCCGGCCGGGCAAUUGCGUUCCACGACUUAGGGUUUUAGGAUUUAGAUAGGUAUUUUUUCCCUUUUUAUUGCAUGCUGAUUGUUGCAUGACAAACUCUCAGAUAGCAUUAGCGUGCGCUGAUCGUGGCGGUCUGCCUCUGCGCAUGCGAAACGCUAUGGGCAGCUUGCAGCUUUGCAUGAUCGAAGCACUCUAGGAUGUUGCGGACGUUUUUGCUCAGGAUGCAUGCCUGGCGACGUCGUAGUCGGCCAGCACGUCUCGCCUUCGACCGAGCCUCUUGUUUUGUUCCAGGAGGAAUGCAAAACAACAGCAGUCAUGAAGCCCGUAAUCGAAGAAAAUAAAUCUCAAGAUCAGGAAUUCGAAUCAUCGACGAAGAUCAUGGAGGAAGAUGAAGACAAGUCCUCUCUUUCCACACCAACUUUUGGUCGCAGCCGCCUGGACGAGAUGAAUAGUAGUAAUAAUGACCAAGAACAACAGCUGCAAGAACCAGUACCCACGACGCCGCUCAUGCUGGUCGAGAGGACGAGCAGCCUCGGAGAUGAUACUGAUUCAUCUUCGCCGGACUGCACGCUGACUUUUGGAGGCUACGGUGAGUAUAAUAAUCCACAUGAAAUUAUUUUUCAUCAUUUUCAUCUGGCGCAGGAGUCAACAUCAACUUCAACACGUACUAUAUUUAUACAACAACAAUAACCGAGUUAAUGCAGCUCCAUGCUGCAGCCUGUGUGGCGACGGCGAGUGAACGUGAACAUGGCACGCAGGAUCACGUGAGGGCCUGCCCCAGCGGGGGAAACAAGUUUGCGGUAGCAAAUAGCCAGUGAGGUGGGAAAUGCCUGUGAGGCCUUCCCCCAGCCGGGGGAAAUUUGCAGCGUACCUUCCCCAGAGCAGCUCAACAGUACUAGCUGCAGCCUUUCUCUGCCAAGAGUUGCUGACUGCUUUCAGAGUUCUUGUUCACUUUUUGGCAGCUUGGCCUGACGACGGGCGUUUAUUUCGGCACCGGGACUUCUAGGUGGAGAGUUCUUUUUGGCGUUGGGGCCGCGCCGGGUAUAACUAGGAGAGGGUCUGCGCUGGUGCUUUUUAUUCUCAGUUAGGAGCUGGAUGCUUCUUUCCGACCUGUCCCUGGAGCUCGUGGUCUUAGAAGAACCAGGCGGAUUUUGGUUGUGUCGUUCGCCAUUCCAUAGGCAGUGAUAUAUUCUUUUACCCUUUACUUACAGGUAAUAAUGCCUUUAUGGAGGUUUUCCCGGGCGUGGAAGAAGAUCAACGUCGGCCUGGUGAUAUUUCAGCCGCCCCGAAUAUGGGACUCUCAAACGUUGCAUUCUCAACUGUUUACAUGAUUUGUCAUGCAAUCACUCUGACUCUUCACAGCACACGAUCAAGCCUUCUUCGCAUGGCAACUUCUCGACGCGCUAAAUAGGACUAGAAUCCACCGUCUCAAAUCUGUAAUGCAAAAGACGCAAUGGCAAUCUUCCUCCUUUCACUUUUGCCAUUCUUGCAUUGUAACAGUUGAGAGUGUAACGUGGUUUGAGAGUUCCAUACCGAACGCAGGAGACCGCCGCGCUCGUGGUGGAACAGUAGAGCUGAGUCUGCACCACCUGGCGAACUAUGUGUCAAACAACGCCACCGGUCGGGACGAGCUCAAACAACGGGUGCCGCACUUGCUGGAAGAUGAAACAAUCAAUUGUGCGUUAUCCUUAUGCAGCACAAAACAAAGUUAUAUCGUAGAACUGGUGCGUGGUAUAAGUCGCUACAUACAGAAUUUGGAAGUUUUCAAACAACUUCUUGAGGUUUAAAAAGAAUUUAAGAAAUCUGUCAAGUAGGAGCGAGUACUUAAUUGUGCAUCAUGAUUUUCAAGUAUACUUCGACCCACUACACCAACACUUUACGAUACUUUUGCAGUCGAUAUGCACCGAUAAGCUACUGCUCAAGUGGACCGGAGAAGAUGGAGCGCAUGUCAGAAUGGACCGAGGCGAAGCUGAAACGGAAGCUUUACAGAAAGUAUAUCCAUCGAAGAGUUACCUUUUUGGUAACGCAUUCAAUAACACGACUUGACGGGUCUAAAAAAUUAGCACGACAAAUAGAGCACGCUUAUUUCAUCUUGAACGUAAAAAAAGGUUUACCGGCACCGGUGCGCAGCUCUGGGGCAAUGACUUUUCAGCGUCGUCAGCGGGGGAGGAAGCCUAUCAAAUGGAAAGAUGGCUGGGUUAUGGAAGAAUAUUAAGAAUUCAGGGUUAUUUGUCUUCCUCGGCUAGCAUGAAAAUGAAUCGCAGGUUUGCCAUGCACGUGUAGUUGAUCCAAAAACCUUAUUUUUCUGUUAUUCAAGAACGCACUUUGUCAUGCUCGUGCAGAAUUCAGACAAAAAUCCUAGAAGCUAAAAAUUUUGUGAUGCUGUUGAGCCGUGGCCCGUCAAUUGUGGCGUUCUACGAAUGUGUUUUCCUCGCGACGCAGCAUCAACACGAGUUUCACUUUCAUCCAGUCCCGGACACAAAGUGGUUCUUUCCAAUGCAUACAGACGAGGACGAGAAGCUGCGACUACUGCGUAGGAGUACCGUGAAGACUGGUCGUUCCACGACGACCGCCGUUGGUACCUCGGUGCCGGAGAUGCGAAAGAACGACGCUACCAAAUGUAAAAAUGUCUGGGUCUGGAAGAAUCCGAACUUGUGAUGCGUGUUGCGGAUCAUACAAAAAUCUGUGUUGCAUGUGUAUCAGUGGAAACGGAGCCCCCGUACUGUACGGGGCCCCCAGUACAAACAGGCACCUGCAAACAAAUUAUGCUAUUGGAAAACAAACGAAAUUUGCAUUUUUUAUACAAAUGUAUGUGCCGCCAAAGGUACCCGUUCGCACCGUACAGGGUUACCAAAUACACAGGCCCGGCGGUAAUCUCCGGAGGCCCCGUGAUUAACAGGUCGGUCCGUUUUGCACAGGGCCCAACUCUGCAUGAUGACUAUGUACACGCCGCGCGCAGCCACCGGGCCCGUCAUCAAUAGAUCUACAGGCCUUCGUGAGCACGGCGCCGCCAUAGCCAAGCACGUCGCUCGCCUAGAUGAAUACAUUUGCCCCUCUUUCAAGCUAUUUUGCCCUCACUUCCCCGCCCUGCUCUGCAGCGCCCGUGUUCCCACUCACAUCAAGUCGCGCGCGCGCGCGCUAUCCACUCACAUCUUCCAGCUCUGACUUCAUCUCUUUUUUCGCUAUUUUCUAUACAAAUCCGUGUUCGGAGGUGCCCGGUUGCACAGGACCGUCCGUCUUCUCUUUUCUACAAUUUCGGUCUUUUUUUGUACACUUUUCGUGUUUACUCAUGUACAUUUUGUGUAUAAGAGGGCCCGUACCGUCAGGGGUGCCCGUUUGUACAGGUUCGCAUGACUUGCAAAAGGUCCCCACUUCUGGCCAUGUUGAGGGGGCAUUUCUCAUGCAGAAUGAAUAGGCAUCACCAAUGGGCUGCAGAACCUGUGAUGCUAGGCCCUGCAUUCCAGACCUGGCGGAGCUUGAAAAACUGCAUGACAAAUCGCUUUGCCCGUGCUUGUUCCACUCAGAGUUUGCUGGGUAGGUGGCUACCGUUUUAAGUUUAUAAACGAAUGGGACGCCCUGCCCUUAGCCUUCCAACAUGACAAAUCUCGGAAUCUUCCAGACCCAGACAUAUGUGCAAUGCAUAGCCGCUGGUACCUCGGUGCCGGAGAUGCGAAAGAACGACGCUAUCAACUGUAAAAGUGUCUGGGUCUGGAAGAAUUCACGUUUGUCAUGCUUGUCUGGCAUGACUCUUAAAUGUAUGCCCGGGCAGCAGCAGUCUUGCGAGCCUGUGAGCCAAGGCUGAGGCUGGGCGGGCGGUAUUUUAUGUAUCGGCCCCGCCCUAGCAUGUUGUACGGUAGCCAGAACCUGAGAAAGUUGUAUGUGUGUGAAGAUGGCCCUCGGGCCUGUUGUUAGUUUUCCCCACCCUCCCAGCCUGGUUCACCCCCUCGGGGGAUGUAUCGUUUUGCACUGGUCUGCGGAUGGUUCAUGCGGUCUCGUGCCUAUAAACGGACAGAGACCCUUGCUUCUGCUUUCUUCUGGCAGGAGAGGGGUUGGCGCUCCAUGAUUCGGGCGCCUUAACUUCUCCGCAGAAGGAAUUGCUCAUCCCACAGGAUGACCCAUCUGCGGAUAGUGCAUAAAAUCUGUCAUGCACGUUACCCGUCCGUCUACGUCCUGCCGGACGUCCUGCCGGUAGACCGCCAAUGUCAUGCACGUUACCCAAGAGCUCCGUUUUUCUGCGAUGCAGAAGCGCAGUUCGUGGCGCAGAAUAGGCAACACCUAGGAGCUCAGAAACUUGUCAUGCUGAGACAGCAUUUGUAGGCUCAUCAUGAGACGCCACCCCGCAUCAGAAGUUUCCAGACCCAGACAUUUUUACUUUUGAUAGCCGCUCCUGGUACUACCUCGGUGCCGGAGAUCAAGCGAAGGAACGACGCGAGACGAGGGAGAGCAGGAACCAGCCACGCGCCAGUCCACGAGAUGUGCAAAUUAUCUUUGGGUAAGAAAGUAUAAUUCGGCAGGAGCCAGGCAGCUCGCUGCUGUGUUGUUUCUCGUACAGUAGAGCUGACGAGUUCUCACCCUGUUGCGGUUUGUUUUCCCUAUAGAUAUUCAUUCCUUUACCACAUUCUUUCGGGAUCAUUCGUAGAAAAUAAAAAUCUUAAUCAUGCAUUUUUACUAAAGUGGUAUUCGAAGCAAAUCGUGCUACCUCGACGACGACGAUCACCUACAGGUCGUCUCGCCAAGAACUACUCUUACUCCUCCUCAACACGACUGCCUUACGUGGAUCGUACGUCUUCCUCUACCUCAACUAAGCGAGGAAAACGAAAAACGAGCAGGAACGCACGAAAUAGUAAAUCGGGUGAACGCCGUAUCAAAUGCAAAUAUGUCUGGAUCUGGAAUAAACUUGUAAUGCUAUAAAAGAAAUGAUAGACGCACUGCAAUACGCAGCUAUGCAUGUUGACACAUUUUUUGGCUGCCAUGUGUUUCGUAUUCCGCAUGGCAAACUGCGUUCUUGCAGCGUGACAGGUAAGAGCCCCUUUUCGUGCCUAUGCAACACAGACUCUCGAGUCAUGCCAGACAAGCAUGACAAACUUGCAUUCUUCCACACCCAGGGAUAUUUGCAAUCCAUAUGCCGUCGCCUACAGUCUGAAGACCUGGAUCCCGAUAGGAUAUGUCGGCGAACAGGACGGAUUAUGAGCAAAUAUGAUUUUUUCGAUUCGAAUUUCGAUUUCCGCUUAGACUACAAGUACAGAAUGAGUACUUUAUCAGGAAAAUAAGCAAUAUAUCUACACCUAUUCGUAUUCGCAUAUUGUCAGGGGAAAAAGGCAAUAAAUUUGUUGAUAUGUGCGUGAUGUCAGUAAAAAUUCUGCAUUGCGGCUACCAUCAUGACAUGACGAGCGAUGACGAAUAGAAAUCUAAAGAACAACCUUCCGUAGAAGCAAGCCUCCAGACAAGGAGAACUUUUUCAUCGAAUGCAUGAUUUUUCGAGCAUAGAGGAGCGUAGUGGAUGAUAGAUUUUGUUGAUAGUGUACCACGAUUGCUGCAAUUCGAAUUUUUAGAUAAUUGUUGGUCUUUGCUAGGUAGUGUGGGAAUGUAUGAUUAAUGCCGUGAAGACCGACUGCACGUGUGUGUGCGGUAUGAAUUCUUUCAUUUUCAAAGCCUUUUGGUGGUAAGUUAUAUGUUUUUCCUUCUGGCUUGCGUUCUCGUUCUCCAGCAGAGAUUUCUUGCGGGAAAAGAGAAAGACACAAAAAAUCGAACGACGCAAUAAUAGAUGAAAGCAAUUUCUUUAUUAACGCAAGUUGGUGUACUAGUUGAAGAUGGUUUUCGCCCUCUUCGGCUGCGGCGUGAAAAUUCGGGGAAAAAACUAUGUUGUAACUUCGAGUUUUGGUUAGGGUUGUAAAUGUACUUGAAUCUAUCGGGUGGAAAAUAAAUGCAGCGUUUUGAAGAAUGUGAAUGUGUGUAGCUUAAAGUUAAACUGAAAAAUUAUAGCACCGGAUAGAAGCAUGUAAAGCUUUAUGUAUCAUAGUAGUGUCGCAAGAUUUAUUCUGUAUAGUUUAGCAGGUGCGAGCAAGGAUCCUCCUUAUGCACUUCAUCGCAAAAUGUGUUUCUCUUGCUGACGCCACUUUGACAUUUUCCCUAAACCAAUACUCAGACGGUGAAUGAUACGGUUUCAAUAUCGCGGUUCGUGCCGUUUCGUUGAAACGGCGUGAGGUUCCCUGUUAUUUAGGAUCGCAGACGAAGCAAGUUUUUGGGGACUACAUGGCAUAUAAGUAAAAGUAGAAUCAAAUCAAAAGUAAAUCAAUGUGCCUCUUAUUAAGGGAAACACACAGCUGCAUGACGAUGAAUGAACUGAAUCACAGCAUGAACGGGAUAUUAUGGUGCGACGUGACGUAGUUGAGAUAGCUCCAACAAAGUUUGUUCAAUUUUGUCCGAAAAGAACUUACAACGCGACAGAUCAGUGUUCAGAAGAAUGCUCUACUCACGUCGAAAUAGGUGACGAGCCUGACAGACAGGCUGCUACAGGGACUACAACUACAGGCGAUUAUGUUUCUAGUAGUGUCCUCACUAAGACUAGAAGAAGCCGUAGUGUCGCGCUUUUUCAAGAAUAAGCAGAGUAUUAUUUCAUCCUGAAU